UCCCGGUCUUCCCACGUCCGGCGCGAUGGCCGCACCCGCCCCGGUCACCCAGCAGAUCGUCGGCGGGGCAACCCCGGUCGCGACCCCGACCGGCCCCGAGCGCGGGCAACCCCUGGCGGCCGCCGUGGCCGAGCUGCCGGUGCUCGACGCGCGCGGGAGGCGGGUGCCGUUCGGCGCCCUGUUCCGGGAGCGGCGGGCCGUGGUGGUCUUCGUGCGGCAUUUCCUGUGUUACAUCUGCAAGGAAUACGUGGAAGAUCUGGCCAAAAUCCCCAAAAGCUUCCUGCAGGAAGCAGAUGUCACGCUUAUAGUGAUCGGACAGUCAUCCUACCAUCAUAUUGAGCCGUUCUGCAAACUGACUGGAUAUUCUCAUGAAAUCUACGUGGAUCCUGAGAGAGAAAUUUAUAAACGACUGGGAAUGAAAAGAGGUGAAGAAUUGUCCUCCUCAGGCCAGAGCCCCCACAUCAAGUCCAGCCUCCUCUCGGGCAGCCUCCGGAGCCUGUGGCGGGCAGUGACGGGACCACUCUUCGAUUUCCAAGGCGACCCAGCCCAGCAAGGCGGAACCCUCAUUGUGGGUCCAGGUAACACCAUCCACUUCAUGCACCUCGACAGGAACAGGCUGGACCACAAGCCCAUCAACUUCGUUUUGCAGCUGGUGGGAGUUGAGCACGUGAAUUUCACAAGCCGCCCUUCAGUGCUGCAUGUGUGACUAAAGCCGCCCAAGGGGCCCCGGCACGGAGGCUGAUGCGCAGGCGCAGUGCUGCACGCAGUGUGGCACCUGCUGGCUCGGCCGUGGCGCUCGGGGUGAUCAGAUCUUCCACCCCGGUGGCAUUGUGUACCGAGAAGUAGCAGCUGUCACAAUGCCCUGGAUGUUUUUGGUUGUAUAACUUCUACGGCUUUACACAAAAUAACAAGUAUACACGAAUUCAAAGGAAAGCUGUAAAAGCUACGAAGUUGCGCGUAUUUUAAUUUUCUUACACCAUGGUAAAUCCAUUUGGUGAAAGAUCUUUCUUAUUUUAGUCAUUAAAUCAUAAAUUAGCACAACCGAAUAUUUAAGGGGAAGAAAAAGCGACUAGGAACCAUUUCAUUCAUUGAAAAGAGGACACAUCAAACUCUAAACUUACCCACAUUUUUACAGAUCCAGGAUUAAUAUUUUUGAGUAUACAAAUAAAUACACCAACAUACUGCCAGUGGGUAUCUCGGUGUGCAGCAUUAUGGGGCUUUUUAACAAUAACAA